AUGUUUAUCUCACUUCGAGGAGUGGAUUGGGUGAAGGGGAACCUAACAAAUGACAUUGGUUUGAAUUUCACAAAGAAAGUCCCAUGGCCCACCUUGUUUGGUUACAUUUGCUGGGAUAUUUGGGUGACAAGGUGUAACAAGCUUUUUGGAAGAGAAAUCACUAACACAGGAAUCAAUGCAAAUUCUAGCUUCUUUAAGGCAUGCUUAGAUCAAGAUCUCAUAAAGCAGGGAUUUCAACUAGGUAGGAGGCAACCAUCUAAUGCUCAUUCUGAUAAGCAUCCGAAUGAUUUUAUCAAGGUGGCAAUAGACGGCUCGGUCUUAGAUAAUGGAAGAAGUGGUUGUGGGGGUUUCAUUUGUGACAACAAUGAUCGUUGGAUUUGUGGAUUUAGUUGCAAAUUGAUUUCAGUUCCCCCGGUUAUUGCUGAAUUACUAGGUGUUAUUCAUGGCCUCACUUUAUGUUGGACAAGAGGUUACAGGAAAAUUAUUUUAUUUUUUGAUUGUAUAGCUGCAAUCAAUUUUGCUCUUAGAGGAUGCGAUAGUGACCAUCCUUUCAAGGACAUUAUUGAUGAUGUUAGAUUGUUGAUUAACAGGGAUUGCUAG